CUAUGCCCAUAGCAUAUCUACCGCACAUCGCACAAGUAGAAAUCAGUGCAUAACGGACAAGGCCGGUUUCUUGACCCCAUAACUGAAUCGCCGCUUGGAAUAUCCUGCCGGUUAACGGAUAAAGUGGCUUUUCCCAAAACGGCGAUACCUGACAGUUCGCUUCUCGUCAUGUGACCAUGCGGAUUAACCUUUGAAUCUAUGAGAUCAUGGAUAGUAGGGUAACUCCAUCGGUCUAUGCACGACAUGACAUCAAAUUGCCUUACAUCAAAAGGGUCUCUAGCGUCUAGAUGUCUAUUCAUCCACUCUCCGGUAACAGUUUCACACCCAACCAUGCUUCGUAGAAUUGCUGGAAAACGCUUUGCCAAGCCUAGCGGUUCCCUGGCCCGCUUUAUCAAUUACCAGAGCCAAUACGCCCAGGCAUACCAAAUUCCCAGACGGACCUGGCCGAAGAAGCUCGCGAUUACGCUCGGGGUACUCUCCGUCGGGCUCGGCGCGGGCUACUACUUCUACUGGCCAAAGCACACAUUCCCUACAACUGUCGCCGCAAUCCUUCGUAAGGGUCUCUGGGCGGAAUCCGACAAGGGUGAAUUCGACUUCCAACUCGCGCUUAAAUACUAUCUCGCGGCGCUCGACGAGUGCCACGAACAGAAUGUGAGCCGCCUAUCCGACGAGUACACUGGUAUCCAGUUGAAGAUCGCCGAGAUGUACGAACGAAUGAACAUGACGGAAAACUCGCUUUCUAUCUACUCGGAAAUCUCUGCUGCGUACAUGAUAGCGCUCACGUCGCACGGCAUACCGGAGGACCGCAGACCACACAUUAUCCAGAAGGACUUGCGGUUGGUGAUCAAGAUGGCGGAGUUGCAUAAGGGUGACCCUGCGAUCACCAAGGCGAUGCUCAUGACCCAUUUGAUGGUGGCCCAAGAGGAGGUGGCCAAGCGCAGCGGGAAGUUGGGAGAGCGCAUUCUCCACCAGCAAAACUACAACUCGGCUGCCAAUCCGGAGCAGUUUGAGGACCAGGGGGACAGUAGCUUUGCUGCGACGUCAAGCGACUCUGAGAUUGUGCUCACCAAUGCCGACGAAACCAUCACGGCGUACAAGAACCCGCAGGCAUGGCUUCCGUUCCGCGACGAGUUGUUCAACGCGCGUGAUUUGUUUGUGGCGAUCUGCUUGUCACUGGGGGAUAUUGAGAUGGCUGUGCGGUCGAAGUUGAUCUCCACAGAGUGGAUGAUUCUCGCAGAGUGCGACUUGCCCGAGAUCUUGAUGGCCACGUGCAACUUGGGCUCGUUGAUGUACUUGCUCGCCGAGCGGUCCGAGUCGCAGGAGGCGAUUUUGCGCAAGUUGCAGACGGAGAAACGGCCGGAGUUCAGCGUGCUGGAGCUUGCAGAGGCGGUCAAAAAUCGAGCCUACACCCUAGGUGAAGCGAAAAAGUGUUACACCUCCGUAUUGGCGAAUGCCAAGAUGAUUCCAACCAAUGAACGGUACAACACGUUGGACGAAGCGAUCGGGUUGGCGACGUAUGGUUUGGGAGUUAUUCAUUUACACGCGGGUGAGUAUGCGGAGGCCAGACAAAUGUUGAGACAGGCGCGGUUGAGAGCCAAAGGAAGUGGGUUUGACUCGUUGGUUCAGGAGGCGGAGCAGGAGUUGGCCAAGGUGGAUGAGGAAGAGGCGAAGGAAAUGGUCCAGCCAGAAACGGCGUUGGCUUGAAGCUGACCAAAGCGACGAUCCUGUUUUUGCUUCUGUACUCGCUCUGUAUUUUCCGGAGAUUGCAUUCCGCGUUAACUCUCUGAUCUUUCUGUUUGGCAUCAGUUUAUGGCUUUUCUUCAAUUUACACGUUGCGGUGUAUAUAGCUAGCCAAAUGCACUAUGCCUAACACUAGUUUCUCUGGCUGUUACCUCUUUCCGGACUAGUUUACCGGAUCUCAUACACCUGAGCGUAGCUAAUCCUCGUAUAUAGCUACAUAUUUAUUUUACCACGCAUUACGAUUAUCUAAAUAGAAGGGCAAGGCUCGGAUCGAG